UCGCGCGCGCACGUGCAUGCGCAGCGUCAAUGGCGAGUUGGCGGUCACACGAAGAAGAAGAAGAAGAAGAAACUUUGUCAUUCUCAUUAAAUGUUUCAGAUGACGUCAACAUUUAACGGACUCGGUUCAGUCUUGUUUCUACUUUGCCGAGCGGACUUCGAGCAUCGUUGGGUCGGCAAAGACUUUCUGGUCCGGAUGGAUGUGAACCGAGCGCUGCUCUGAUAGUGCGCGCCUCCUCCGAGGGACCCAGGUCGGCAUGGGAGAGUCCGCCGCCGGCGCCUUCGCCCCAAUGCCGGGCGUGGGUCUGAGCUCCGCGGGCGCCGGCCCGUCCCGAGGCUCCGCGGUGCCGCAGCUACACGGCGCCAUCGUGGAGCGUCUCCGCGCCCGCAUCGAGCUGUGCCGCCGCCACCACUCCACCUGCGAGGACCGCUACCGGCGCGGCCAGGUGGAGACCUCGGACCGGGAGCACGAGAGCACGCUUCACCUGCUCAACGUCGUCCAGCAGGGACCCGGGAACCGCAAGAGCAAAGGCAGCCGCGCGUCCAGUCUGCAGACUCCGGACUGUGCGGGACCGAGUGGACCGAGAGCACCGAGUCUCGGGGACCAGAGAGUCCUGCUGGAGGACAACAAGAUGUCCACACGCAUGGUGCUGCAGGGAUCGUUGAGGAGGAAGAUGGAGGCCCACCACUCCUGCCAGACCUUCUCCUCUCCCGACUUCAAGCGAGUGCGCUUGCAGGCGCCGUGCGAGCGGGACUUAGGCCACGCCCAGUCCUCCAGGAAGCCCUUGGACGUGACCUUAAAGGAGAUGAAGCGGGAGCCCGUCGAGAUGCGCUCCUGCGCCCAGGUGACCUUUGACCUGAAAGAUGAAGGUCAGAUGGACCCGGACCUCCAGGACCUUUUCGACGAGCUCACCAAGUCGGUGCCGCCCCUGGACGAGCUGGACUUGGAGAAGAUGCUGAAGCAGGACGACACCUUCGCUCUGGACCUGGGCCGACCCGGUUCGGCGGGCUUAGAGAAGCCCAUCAAGACGGAGAACUCCGCGGACUACGUUCAGGUCCUGGGUGGCUCCUCGCUCAGGCCGGCCUCGGCGGGGCCGUCCUGCAGCGCCGUGGCCCAGAAGGUAGGGGCCCAGAGGUCCAUGCCCUGCUGGCCCGACAUCUCCCACGCCCAGCAGCUCAAGCAGAUGGCGGCCAACCAGCAGCAGCCCGGCUCGCUUCUCCACCACCGCCAUCUUCUUCACCAUCAUCAUCAGUCCCCGCCUGCACCGCCAUGUUGGACGCCCACCGUGACCAAGGUGGCCAGCAGAGGUACCCCCAGGUGCCCUUUCAGGUCCACCAAGAACUUCCACCAGGAGAUGAAGCCAGUCCUGCACUUUAGCUCCAAAGCUGCGCUCUCCUCAGGUCACAUGAUGGCCGACCAGCAGCAGCUUUCUCCUCCACCCACACGUCACUUCCACAACCAGCAAAACAUGCAGAACCAGCAGAACCUGCACGCGUCCACGCUGACCUUCAAGUCUGCCCAACAGCACCAGGGAGGAAUUCCUGGACCAAGGCUUCCUGCUAAUGGUUGUGUGGGCCAGCCAGGCCCCCUAGUGCCCAACCAGCCACGUCCCCUAGUGGCCAACUCGCCACGCCCUCUAGUGGCCAACCAGCUGAAAGGCCCGACUAAAUCUUCCGUUAUGCAAAGACAACUUAGUCAGCAACACCAGCGAGGAGAUGAAGACGACCCUCGGGAAGCGUUCAGCCGGCGUCUCACCAGGCCGCCACCGGACUACAAAAGGAGCGUGUUGGGCGGGAACAUCUUCCCAGGCUCCUCCCACUCGGAGAAGGAGGUGUCGCCCAUGUCGUGCCACCUGCCAGAUGAGGUGAUGUCAUCAGACGGCCGCUUUGUGGGACACUUCCCACACAAGACCGCCUUCCCGGGCGCCAACACGCCAGGGAACUCCACGGGGAUAAGCGCCGUCGUGGAGUCGAACCGUCAGUACCAUCAUGGCGCCCUGGCAGCGCACAAGCACAUGGGGAUGCUGCCGUCUGUGGGCGACGCCUGUUCCAGAGCCACGGGCUGCCCGCCCACACCCCUCCCCACCCGCUCGUCUCCGGAGCAGAGGGUGCCGGCGAGCGGCUUCCCCGAGGUGACCCCUGGUGCCUACCAUGGUGGGCGCACCAACCAUGUGACCUUUGACUUCCUGCCCGAGGGAGACAACAUGGUUCCAGGAAUCAACACCGACUCAGACUUCAUCGACUCACUGCUGAAGUCGGGCUCAGGAAACGACGACUGGAUGAAAGACAUCAACCUGGACGAGAUUCUGGGGAAUCACACCUGACUUCUCCAGGAAUUUCAUAAACGCUCAUUUUAUAAAUGUUCAUUUCAUAAACUUGUAUUUUAUAAAUGUUCAUUUGAUAAACGUUCAUUUCCUAAUUGUUCAUUUGAUAAACGUUCAUUUUAUAAACGUUCAUUUGAUAAAUGUGCUUUUGAUAAACGUAUGUUUUAUAAACAUUCAUUUGAUAAGCGUUCAUUUCACAAUUGUUCAUUUGAUAAACGUUCAUUAGAUAAAUGUUAAUUUCAUAAACGUUCAUUUUAUAAAAGUUAAUUUGAAAAACGUUAAUUUCCUAAUUGUUCACUUGAUAAAUGUUUCUUUGAUAAACGUUCAUUAGAUAAACGUUCAUUAGAUAAACAUUCAUUUCAUUAACGUUCAUUUGAUAAACGUUCAUUUCAUAAACGUUCCUUUUAUAAGCGUUCAUUUCCAUCCAUCCAUCCAUUUUCUACCGCUUAUUCCCUUUCGGGGUUGCGGGGGGCGCUGGCGCCUAUCUCAGCUACAAUCGGGCGGAAGGCGGCGUUCAUUUCAUAAUUGUUUAUUUAAAAAAUGUUCAUUCCAUAAAGGUUCAUUUGAUAAAUAUUCCUUUUAUAAACUUUCAUUUGAUAAAUGUUCAUUUCAUGAACGUUCAUUUCACAAUUGUUCAUUUGAUAAAUGUUCUUUAAAUAAACAUUCAUUUUAUAAAUGUUCAUUUGAUAAAUGUUAAUUUUAUAAACGUUCGUUUGAUAAAUGUUCAUUUGUUAAACUUGUAUUUUACAAACAUUCAUUUGAUAAACGUUCAUUUCAUAAUUGUUCAUUUGAUAAACAUUCAUUUCAUAAACGUUCAUUUAUAAAUGUUCAUUUCAUAAAUGUGUAUUUUAUAAAUGUUAAUUUGAUAAACGUUCAUUUCAUAAUUGUUCAUUUGAUAAACGUUCAUUAGAUAAAUGUUCAUUUCAUAAACGUUCAUUUUAUAAAAGUUCAUUUGAAAAACGUUAAUUUCCUAAUUGUUCACUUGAUAAACAUUUCUUUGAUAAACGUUCUUUAGAUAAACGUUCAUUUGAUAAACAUUCAUUUCAUUAACGUUCAUUUGAUAAACGUUCAUUUCAUAAACGUUCAUUUUAUAAACGUUCAUUUCAUAAUUGUUUAUUUUAAAAAAAUUCAUUCCAUAAAGGUUCAUUUGAUAAAUAUUCCUUUUAUAAACUUUCAUUUGAUAAAUGUUCAUUUCAUGAACGUUCAUUUCACAAUUGAUCAUUUGAUAAAUGUUCUUUAAAUAAACAUUCAUUUUAUAAAGGUUCAUUUGAUAAAUGUUCUUUAAAUAAACAUUCAUUUUAUAAAUGUUCAUUUGAUAAAUGUUCAUUUUAUAAACGUUCGUUUGAUAAAUGUUAAUUUGUUAAACUUGUAUUUUAUAAACAUUAAUUUGAUAAACGUUAAUUUCAUAAUUGUUCAUUUGAUAAACAUUCAUUUCAUAAGAGUUCAUUUAUAAAUGUUCAUUUCAUAAAUGUGUAUUUUAUAAAUGUUCAUUUGCUAAACGUUCAUUUCAUAAUUGUUCAUUUGAUAAACGUUCACUUGAUAAACGUUCAUUAGAUAAACGUUCAUUUUAUAAACGUUCAUUUCAUAAUUUUUCAUUUGAUAAACGUUCAUUAGAUAAACGUUCAUUUGAUAAAUGAUCAUUUGAUAAACGUUUAUUUCAUAAACGUGCAUUUGAUAAACAUUCAUUUCAUAAAUGUUCAUUUGAUAAACGAUCAUUUGAUAAAUGUUCAUUUCAUAAACGUUCAUUUGAUAAACGUUCAUUUUAUGAAAAAAAAAUUGUAAUUUUAACUUCAUAAUUGUUCAUUAGAUAAACGUUCAUUUGAUAAAUGUUCAUUUGAAAAACAUUUAUUUCAUAAACGUUCAUUCGAUAAAUGUUCAUUUCAUAAAUGUUCAUUUCAUGAUUGUUCAUUUGAUAAACGUUCAUUUGAUAAACAUUCAUUAGAUAAACGUUCAUUUCAUAAACGUUCAUUUUAUAAACGUUUAUUUCAUAAUUUUUCAUCUGAUAAACCUUCAUUAGAUAAACGUUCAUUUGAUAAAUGUUCAUUUGAUAAACGUUUAUUUCAUAAACGUGGAUUUUAUAAACGUUCAUCUCAUAAUUGUUCAUUUGAUAAACGUUCAUUUGAUAAACGAUCAUUUGAUAAAUGUUCAUUUGAUAAACGUUCAUUUCAUAAUUGUUCAUUUGAAAAACAUUAAUUUCAUAAACCUUCAUUUCAUAAAUGUUAAUUUCAUAAUUGUUCAUUUGAUAAAUGUUCAUUAGAUAAACGUUGAUUUGAUAAACGUUCAUUUCAUGAGAAAAAAAUUGUAAUUUACUUUAACUUUAACUCCAUUAUUGUUGAUUAGAUAAACGUUCAUUUGAUAAAUGUUCAUUUGAUAAACGUUUAUUUCAUAAACGUGGAUUUUAUAAACGUUCAUCUCAUAAUUGUUCAUUUGAUAAACGUUCAUUUGAUAAACGAUCAUUUGAUAAAUGUUCAUUUGAUAAACGUUCAUUUCAUAAUUGUUCAUUUGAAAAACAUUAAUUUCAUAAACCUUCAUUUCAUAAAUGUUCAUUUCAUAAUUGUUCAUUUGAUAAAUGUUCAUUAGAUAAACGUUGAUUUGAUAAACGUUCAUUUCAUGAAAAAAAAAUUGUAAUUUACUUUAACUUUAACUCCAUUAUUGUUGAUUAGAUGAACGUUCAUUUGAUGAAUGUUCAUUUGAAAAACAUUAAUUUCAUAAACUUUCAUUAGAUAAACGUUCAUUUCAUGAAUUCAAUUUCUUAAUUUACUUUAACUUUAACUUCAUAAAUGUUUAUUUGAUGAAUUUAUAUAAUAGAUAAGAGUUGAUGUGAUAAACUCUGAUGUUGUCACUGUGAACGCUGCCGUGCUCCUUGUUGUCCUCAACAUUCACAACUUUAUUAGCCGCAUAUAAUUAAUCAUUGUAGCCGAGUGUCCUGGGUUCGCAUAUUCUGUGUACUUAUAUAAUAAAAUAAUAAACAGGAGUCAUGAAAGCAG